CAAGGCUGCCCCGGACCUGGCGUGUGGGUGCUGGGGGCGUCUCCUCGCAGCUCCGCAGCGGCCGAUCGGUCUGCUUGCACGCCUAGAGUGCAUUCCUGUUGCUUUCGGUGCCCCCGGCCAAGGACCUUGUUGCCAUGGUGAAAGAGAAAGUGGCCCAUCCUCAGGACCCUCACCACUCGUCAGAGAAGCCUGCCAUUCACUGCCAUAAGUGCGGGGAGCCAUGCAAGGGCGAAGUGCUUCGGGUCCAGACCAAGCAUUUCCACAUCAAAUGCUUCACCUGCAAAGUGUGCGGCUGCGACCUCGCCCAAGGAGGCUUCUUCAUAAAGAACGGGGACUAUCUGUGCACCCUGGACUACCAGAGGAUGUACGGGACACGGUGCCAUGGCUGUGGGGAGUUCGUGGAGGGCGAGGUGGUCACUGCCCUGGGCAAGACCUACCAUCCCAACUGCUUUGCCUGUACCAUCUGCAAGCGCCCGUUUCCACCGGGAGACCGAGUCACCUUCAAUGGGAGAGACUGCCUUUGUCAGCUUUGUGCACGGCCGAUGUCCCCCAGCCCUAAAGAAGCCACCUGCUCAAGCAACUGUGCUGGCUGCGGAAGGGACAUUAAGAACGGGCAGGCACUGCUGGCACUAGACAAGCAGUGGCAUUUGGGCUGCUUCAAGUGCAAAUCCUGCGGGAAGGUCCUCACCGGCGAGUACAUCAGCAAGGAUGGCUCCCCGUACUGUGAAAAGGACUACCAGGGCCUCUUUGGGGUGAAGUGUGAAGUCUGCCACCAGUUCAUCACAGGAAAAGUCCUGGAGGCAGGUGACAAGCAUUAUCAUCCCAGCUGCGCACGAUGCAGCAGAUGCAACCAGAUGUUCACAGAAGGGGAAGAAAUGUAUCUUCAAGGUUCUACCGUGUGGCAUCCCGACUGUAAACAAUCCACCAAGGCAGACGAGAAGCUUCGGCCUCCAAACUUUCCGCGUUCUUCAUCUGAUUUCUUUUAUCCCAAAAGUCUGAUUCGUCGCACAGGACGGUCCCCAGCUCUACAGCCCACCAGGACCUCCUCGGAAAGUAUUUAUUCCAGACCAGGCUCCAGCAUCCCUGGCUCACCAGGCCACACCAUCUAUGCAAAAGUAGACAAUGAAAUACUGGAUUACAAGGACUUAGCAGCCAUCCCCAAGGUCAAGGCAAUUUAUGAUAUUGAGCGUCCAGACCUCAUUACCUACGAGCCAUUCUACACUUCAGGUUAUGAGGACAAGCAGGAGAGACAGAGCCUUGGAGAGUCUCCAAGGACUUUGUCUCCUACUCCAUCAGCAGAAGGUUACCAGGAUGUUCGGGAUCGGAUGAUCCACAGGUCUACCAGCCAGGGCUCCAUCAGCUCCCCUGUGUACAGCCGUCACAGUUACACUCCAACCACGUCUCGCUCACCGCAGCAUUUCCACCGACCUGAGCUCUUGUCCCCUGGUGUGCAUAGGUGGUCCCCCCAGCGCACCAGCAGCUUCAGCUCCACCCACAGUGACUCCCGUCCCAACCCCCCCUUCAGGCACCACUUCCUCCCCCAUGUCAAAGGCAAUGAGCCGUCCAGCGGCCGGAGCUCCCCUCUCCCCUACCGGCCCGACAGCCGCCCUCUAACUCCAACUUACGCUCAGGCCCCUAAACAUUUCCAUGUUCCAGAUCAAGGGAUCAACAUUUACCGAAAACCUCCCAUCUACAAGCAGCAUGCUGCCUUGGCAGCCCAGAGCAAGGCUUCAGAAGAUAUCAUCAAGUUUUCCAAGUUCCCAGCAGCCCAGGCGCCAGAUCCCAGCGAGACACCAAAGAUUGAGACGGACCACUGGCCCGGUCCCUCCUCACUUGCCACCGUAGGAACUGACUUGAGACGCAGAUCUAGUGGCAGAGAGGAGGACGAGGAGGAGCUCCUAAGACGCCGGCAGCUUCAAGAAGAGCAAUUGAUGAAGCUCAACUCAGGCCUGGGGCAGUUGAUCCUGAAGGAGGAGAUGGAAAAGGAGACCCGAGAAAGGGCAUCCCUGCUGGCUAGUCGCUACGACUCUCCGCUGCACUCAGCUACACAUGCUCCAUCAUCGAAAACAUCAUCUCUCCCUGGUUAUGGCAAGAAUGGCCUUCACAGGCCGGUUUCCACAGACUUUGCCCAGUACAACAGCUAUGGAGACGUCAGCAGCGGAGUUCGAGACUACCAGACCCUCCCAGAUGGCCACAUGCCGGCAAUGAGAAUGGACCGAGGCGUGUCCAUGCCCAACAUGUUGGAACCAAAGAUAUUUCCAUAUGAAAUGCUCAUGGUGACCAACAGAGGGCGCAACAAAAUCCUAAGAGAUGUGGAUAGAACCCGGCUGGAGCGCCACUUAGCCCCAGAAGUAUUUUGGGAAAUCUUUGGGAUGUCUAUACAGGAAUUUGACAAGUUACCUCUUUGGAGACGCAACGACAUGAAGAAAAAGGCUAAACUCUUCUGAGUCCCCUGAAGAAACGACAGUCAGGAAAAGGACUUUCAUUGGCGGUGGUGCCUAGGACGUUGUAUUAAGGUCUAGAAUCAUCCAUCAGAGAAUUUAUUCGCUACCAUCUCCCAGAAGCAACACCAAGGGAAAGUCUGAUCUCAGCACCCAUGAGCCGCAUCCCAGGCCAAGCAACAGUAACACUUGCCCAACAGUAGAAAUUUGUGUGUUCCCAAACUCAGCGGUAAUGUCCACACGUGACCUCUUCACGUGACUACGUCCUCAUCGGGGGCUUCUUUCUCCUUUUUAUUUUCCCCUUUAACUAACUUAGUGCUGCCUAUACCUGUGAGAGCCAGAAGUGCCCUUAGGAAGUCACACGGGAAGGGAUGGCGGAGUCCUGAAGUAUGGACCUACUUAUUUAUGUAGCACUGUGGCUGAGGAGGAGAGGCCAUCCCUGAUGUGGUAGCAACAAUUUAGCCUUUCCUUGGCAGCCCCCCUGUGCUCUGCCGGGGCUCUGGGGGAAUGGAACUCUCUCGGGGAACCAGAUAGUUCUGAGCUCGAGGCUGAGUACCGGCAGAAAUGAUUUGAAUAAGCUCCUGUCCCCUUCCGGUGUGCCUGGACCUGAUUGGCCAAAAUUAAGGAAAAGGAAAAAGUAAUGAAGGAUGCUCCCCACCUCUCCCUGAACUUUUUUUCUGCCUCUGACAAUGUGCUCAGUCCCUUCUCCUAUAAACUGGCAGGAGCUGGUACGCUCACCUUUGCAAAGAAAGGGAAGGCAGAAUGAGUGUCCGGAUCGGUCCAGUUGCUGGUGGGUGGUUGUUGCCCAUCAGUUGUGUCUCUUAGAGAAGGAAAAUGUGUACCCUGCACCAUCUCAAGUUCUUCCCCGGGUGUCCCCUGCUGUCUAUGUGGUAUCUUUUGGGGUCAGGUCAAGCCCAUGAUGCUAGUGUUGUGUCUCAAGGACAUAGACUAAGGGGAGACAGGCUUUUCUCCUUUAGAUCUCUGCAACUCUGAGGUAGAUUGCUUCAGACAGAUUUCAUGUGGCCUGGGUUAUGCCCUGGCACAACGGACACGCACACUUGUGUCCAUGCCUGUGUGGGACUUGCCCAGGGAAGUUUUGUGAGUCUGUGUGUGCUUUGUGACCUCUGCUUGAAUGUCUAUCACGCUGAGCUGUGGCAUUGACGGGGCCUUGGCACAAGAGCAUGUGACCCAGAUCAAGAGUGAGACUCGGGAGGAUGCUUAGAGACCAGCACAUCCCGUGCGCUGUAGUGAGUAUACUGGGUUCAGACUACAGAGCACAGAAGCGAGGCCAGCGUAGCUUAGGGACCAGAUCAUCUAUCUCACUAGGCUCCUUCUAUACCCUGCAACUCUCAGUGCGAAUGGGAACCCGGUUCUUAUUAAAAUGUGUGAACAAGGCCACAUCACAAGGAUGUUGGAUUAUGACGAAUGUCUCCAGAUCCAAAGGAAAGAGAUGAGGUCCCCUUGAUUCUUCUGCUGUGGGGCUCGUCUUGGGGAUUUAAGCUCUGAGUUAAAGCCAAGGGGGGGAAAGCUCUUGAAUCCUUUAUCAAUCACCGCUGAGCAGGAAGUGCAGAAACUCCUUCAAGGAUUAGAGUGUCUGGCUGUCUGCCAACACCAGCAGCAAAGAGCGAGCCACAUAGGUUCGUAGCCCAUGCUGCAGACCUGUGCCUUGUCUGUUUCUUUGGGUUACCCUGCUCCACUCUGCCAGUGCAAUUACGUAUGAGAACUACUCUCACAAGCCAGACCUGUUAACACAAUCAGCAAGAGAGCCACGCUGCCUGUGCUGGGCGGCCCGAGUCCAUGGGUCCGGCUCCUGGUUGGAAGGCAGGCUGCAAGCCUUGUAGUCCCCUGCAGGUUCCACACUUCUCCCCACAUUUCCGUUGUCCUGUCCAGCACACGGCUUGUGUCACCUGUCUCUCAUGACCCUGGCAGCAUGCAGGGUGGAGAGUAGGGUGCCCUGGGUGUUUCCCUGCCAGGGCGAGCAGAGGUGGCUUGGGGACGACCUUGUUUAUCCAGUAUGGAGAUAAUAAGUGACCCGCCAUGCUUGGCACUGAUUGUGUUAUUACUCACAAUCACACGGGUGAGAAAAACCGCAGCAUUCAGGAGACAGAGGUAUAGUAUAAGCAGUUGUUAAGAUCCUGUACCUGCUCUGCACAAAGUUAAUGCAGCUCUGUCUUGACAUAGGAAGAUUCAGCUGCAAGGGGUAGGGGACAGGGUCAGGCCCCCCUCUUUAUGUUACAGAGAACUUUGAGUGAGUUAGAGGACCUGCCUAGGAGGCAAUGGUAACAUUGGGACUCAGUCCUGACCGCCCUGGGAAAGGAUCAUGCCAGGGUGUCACUCCGUUCCCCUGCAGAUUCCAGUCAGAAAAAUACAGGGAGGGUGGCCCGGUUCUAACUGCCAGACCUAAGGUUUGGGCUGUGGUGCCCUGCCUGUGAUAUUACAGGGAUCCACAUGAUUCCCUUGGCAUGCCCAGACCACAACACAGGAGGUAUGUGCUUUUCACUUCACCCCACCCUGCUGAACACAGGAAAAUUCCCGUUGCUAAAAAUCAAAGCAGCUUCUUCACUUGGGGGAGAAGUCUGUGUAUGGCAGACUUGGUGUGUAUAUCAAGGGCUAUACUUCUUAGCAUUUGACUUACUUGUGGCUUGAAGUGUGUACAGAUUGCUUGGCCUGGGAGGGCUUCUGUGGCCACGUGGUAGCCUCAGCGCUUCCUUCAAGAAUUUCCCAAGAGUCCACACUCUCGUAUCGUCUUCCUGUGCAACUUAGUAGCGACAUGAGAAUUACUAGCGAUACGAGAAGCCUUUGAAAACAGCCAGCUCUGCAUUUUCAUACUCGUGUGGAGUUUGUUAUAAAAUAUUUUUAAUACGACUCCUUCAACAAUUAAACGUGGACUGCCUAUUCUCUGAAACCCCAAGGGGAAAGUGCAGUUAGUGGGUUCUAAGGUGCAAAAAAUAAAAAAAAAAAAUUAAAAAGGGGGGGGUAGUUUUCUAUCUGUUCUGUCCUCUGUUCUUCUGUUCUCCCCAAGUCCUCACUCUGUUGCUGCCAGCCUGAGCCUUUCUCUCUCUCCAGAGCCACAGCCCUAGCUUCUCCAUCUCUGUCUACACUCAGUCCCCCGCAGCGCAGAGAGGUUCAGCUGGUGAUGUUUCUGAAACAGAAUUUAUUUACUUUGAAGCAAACAACUUUUUCUAGAGAUAGCGUCACCAAUGAUGCUGUCGAAUGCAUCUGCUUUUGCAAGUUUAACAGAAUUCACAUUAACCUCUUUUGAGUCUUUGUUUAAAAGGAAAAAAAAAAAAUCUCAAGCAAACUUAGAGUGGCAAUUCCAGGUAACAUCGCAGAAACUGGCAUGGCUCCAGGCUGUGCGCUUCAAGAACCCUGCUCUGAAAAUACUUCUGGUAGCUGUCUAAUCUGUGCUUCAAAUUCACUCCUUUGUGCCCCCUUUGGAGAACUUUCCAUCCAGGAAAAAUAAAGGUGAUCAGUGCUUUGGAUUUUGUCUCCCAGUGGCAAUGUACAGCGAAGGAACACCCUCCACUACUGGAAUGGGAAUGAGCAAGCCUUCAGCAUCCACAAGAUUGCGGUUCCUAUUUUCUCCCCCACGGAGCAGAGGGAGAUGGUGUCAAAUAGACAUUACAUUGCUUUCCUUGUGUGUUUAAUGUGGCGGCAGAGACGGGGACAAGUGUUCAACUGAAGCUCUCCAAGCCGUGAGCAAGCCAAGCUCUUUCUCCCAGAAGCUUUAAUGCAAUUGAAUGGCAGUUAUCACGAAAUAAAAUGCUUUUCUGUGUCUCUUCCAAGACGGACAGUCCCAUGAACCGCUUUCCAUGAGUAAACUAAAAGACAAGCCUGUAUGCAUUGACGUUCAGAAAGGUUAUGAUUAUACAUGCAAACAUUUUACCUAAGGAAGAGGAGACAGUUGUCCACAGAAUUGAUGUUUUGCCGGGUUGGGGUGGGGGGGUUCUCUGUACAGAUGUGUCUGGUGGUAAAUGUGGAGGUCUCCUCGAGAUGCCAAAGACCCCGCAUCGAAUCUCCUCUAAUUUGGUCAACGCGAUUACUUUGACCUAAUGAAAGGCCUGCCCGCUCUUCCUCUCUCCCCUCCCCUUGUCGGUGAAACGAAAGCAAAUGUUCAGAAUAAGUUCUUGAGAAGCUGUGCUGUGUUUCCUGUGGAGUCGAGCUGGCGUGUGCCGGUGGCGCCUGAGCACUGGCCCUCGGGUGCAGAGGAGAGCUCGCCCCGUCACUGAGCCGUGCUCUCCCAGCCUGCAGCAUUCCUGAUGCAGGCAGCACACGCCUCUCUCUCUCACUGUACCCAACUCUGUGAAUAAAGCUAUGUGCUCCCUCCUUGAGCGCCUCCA